AUGGCACCAGUAGCGCCGCGUCUGAAGAUCCUCUCAGUGGGUGGAAAUGCUGUUUCUGCUUUCCUGUCUUGGAGACUUCAGGCUACUAAUGCAUGCGACGUAACCCUCGUUUGGAAGUCGGGUUUCGAGACUGUCUACCAAUAUGGCAUCUCCUUCAAAUCUGGAUCUUUCGGCAAUGAGCGCUUCAAGCCUCGACGUGUUGUUCGAACGCCAGAAGACGCCGCGCAAUUCAAAGAGGGGGCAUUCGACUAUAUCAUUCUUUGUAUCAAGGCUCUACCCGAUGUAUAUGACCUCGCAUCCGUUAUCGACGCCGUUGUUACACCUCAACAUACUUGCAUUCUUGUCAACACAACGCACACUCUAGGUGUCGAGGCCGCCCUGGAGGAAAGAUUUCCGACCAAUGUCGUCUUGUCGCUCGUUUCGAAUGCCGAAUUGAACCAGCUGGGAUCAAGCGAAUUUGAGCAUAGUGGUUCAACUGAGAUCUGGGUUGGUCCUGCGAAUAAAAGCGGCAAAAUUCCAUUGGCUAUACAGGAAGACAUGGCUCAGGCCCUUGCCAUGACGCUAAGCUCCGGUCGUGUCGAUUGCAAAGUUUCCAAAAAUAUACGACAGCAACAGUUCGAACGAGUUAUUGGGCCUAUUGCUUUUCACCCCGCCAGCGUCAUUUUUGAUACGCCUUCCCACGCAGCUCUUUUAGAAAAAGCUGGCGUCAGACAACUAAUUUCAGAUGUAAUUGACGAACUUAUUGCGCUUGCCACUGCGCAAGGAUGCACACUCGACGCCAAGUUUAAGGAGAACACGAUUAAGGAACAAUGCGAGCCUUCGGAUAGCCCAAGCAUCAUGUGGCAGGAUUAUGUGGCUAGAAGGCCAAUGGAAGUAGAAACAUACCUCGGUUCACCGAUCAAGCUAGCUCAGAGUUCUGGCGUCAGUUUGCCCCGGAUUGAGACGCUCUACGCCAUUUUCCAUAACCUGAACAUCGUCAACCAGUCCAGACCUAAGGAGACUAACGGACUACCGGCUGUUUCUGGUUCACCAACCGCAGCGUCACCGAUGCCUCGUAUGUCAUCAGGCCCAGCACCCCGCCCCAUGGUCAACGGCCACCCCAACGGCCACCCCAACGGGAAUGGUAUGCCGCCAAUGCGAGGAUCCAGGCCUAGAAAUUCAUCUAAUCUUAGUGGUCCACCUCCAGGUAUGCGUCGACCUCCGCCGAUGAACGGCGGCCCUCCCAACGGACACAGACCUCCUAUGAAUGGCGCACCGAACGGCCACCCUCCUUCACGAGCAGCAUCCAGGCGUGGAUCUUUUGACGAGGCCGACCUUGGAGAAUUCAGCCACCUGGUUGUAUACGAGGAUUCGACGGACGCUGCUGACGCGGGUUAUAAUGCUGACACUUCAGAUAUCGCCCUUCGCGAGAGAGAACUCCAAUUACGACAGCGCGAGAUGGCAUUAAAGGAGCAGGAGAUGCGCAUGCGACGUGGCCCACCACCUGUUAGUGCUAGGAGGCGUGCCCCCCCAGUGCGUAGUGGAGGUGGCGUGUACGACGAUGAAGACGAGGAGGACGACUAUUUCGACCCGAACUCGGGGCCAGUCGCUCCCAUGAUUGAUCCUGACAAUUUCGAUAUGAUGAGUGUGACAUCUAGGAAAAACCGAAGCAAAGUCCCCCAGAGCCAGAGCGACAUACGGAUGAACCCUGAAGGUCCCGGAGGAGGAAUGCCGUCUCGUGGCAGUAAAUGGCGGCCAGGAUUUGGCAGAAACCGUUCUAGUCAGAUCGUAACUGCUGCUCCUGGUCUUCACGACAACAUACUGGAUGACCCGAUGAUGAAUUUCACGUCCAAUCGGUACGGUAAUGUCGACCGGGGACAGAUGCAAGCGGGAUCUAGGGCGAAUUCCUUAACGGCAACGCAUAUACAUGAUUUUCAGGCCGGUCCCGGAAUGGGUGGUGGAGCGUAUCCCAGACGUGCUAGUCAAUCACCGGGACAGCCGUACAGCCCCUCAGUUCGAGGAGGGGCACCUGGGCGACCGUCGCCGCCUAACGGCUUUGGGGGACCUGGUGUUAAUGGACGCCCGUCGCCUCCAGAUGGUGUACGUCAGCCAGUUCCUAGGUAUCCUCCUGGUCAAGGCAACAUGGUUGCGCCACAGCAAGUUGAACAACGUGUCGGGGUGAGCUCUCUCCAACCACCAAAUACGAAGACAGCCAGAAGUCUGACCGGCAGUGCGAGCGCUAGCGCGGGGAGUGGUGAAUCAACGCACCUAGGCUCCGAACCCUCCGCUCACAGCAGUCAAAGUAGUCUCGGUCCCCGACCUCCGAUCGGAGUCCGCUAA